AUGCACGAGGCCGCCGGUAUGGGCUCUACGUGCAACGAGAAGCCGGUUCCCGGUUUGAGCGAGAGCAGUGAGCGGACUCCAGGGGAAGGCCAGGAAAAGGGCAAGGCCAUUCAAGAGGCCUGUGAGCGACGUGACUUUGAGACCCUGGCCAGGCUAGCAACCUCAACCGGUGGUCUUCUGACCGAUGACCUGCGCCGACAAGCUUGGCCGAUUCUACUGGGUUACAGCUCUGAAGACGAAGGACCAGCGCGACAAGACACCAACCGAUCCUGGCGGGAGCUUCCCCAGCAUACGGACGAGGACCAGGUCCGACUCGACGUUGAUCGUGCUUUCGUAUACUACCCUAAAGACGAAUCCGAGCAGUCGCUCGAGACGAAAAAGCGGCAGCUUUCUGACCUCAUUGUGUCAACAUUGAGAAGACAUCCCAUGCUCUCCUACUUCCAAAGCUAUCACGAUGUUGUACAAGUUCUGCUCCUUGUUCUUGGGCACACACGAGCUGUGGACGCCGUCCCACGAAUCUCACUGCUUCGGCUUCGCGACUACAUGCUGCCCACCAUCUCGCCGGCAAGAAAGCACUUUGAGCUUGUCUCGGCAAUCGUGAAAGCCGCCGAUCCCGAACUGGCCGAACACAUCUCGGAGGCCGAGAAUAGCUUCGCCUUGUCAGCAACUCACUCCUUAUUCGCUCACGACAUUCAGAAUUAUGCUGAUAUAGCGCGGCUGUACGAUUUUCUGCUCGCCCAUGAGCCAGUCAUGAGCAUCUAUCUAUUUGCGGCAAUCACGAUAUCACGGCGCUCGGAGUUGCUUGAGAUGCCUGCGGAUCAGUCUGACAUACUGACCUUCAUGAUAUCCAAGCUACCGCAAACUCUGGACAUCGACGCCUUGGUUCUGGAUACCCUGGCGUUGUUCCGGAGGCUGCCACCAGAAAGGCUCGAUGGGUUUAUCUGGUGGCGACUGUCUCGAUACAGUGUCCUCAAGACAUCACGUCAAAUCAGUCGGCCCCACAGUCUCGAGGAAGCCGAGUCUCUCUGCCAGAAGCAGAUUUCCCAACUACGCAGGGAUGAAUCCAUGAAGAAGACUGCAAGACUGCUCUUGCGGCACCAACGACCGAUCUUGUCGUUAACUGUCGCAUUGUUGGUGGCCGCCAUGUCAGUCUGGUCCAGAAAGAGUGGGCAGGAUAAAUUCUUCUGGACCUUGUUUUCGUCCGCCUCCCAGCUCUUUUCGAGAACGCGGGACCACGACAUAUGCCAGUUUUACGUCAAAGACAGCAGAGAAGCCACCGUGGGACAAACCUUGGCCCUGUGUGAUGAUCCUGCGCAUGACAGCGAGGUCAUCGUCCCUGAGCAGCCUCUCAGGACGACCCAACAAGGGUCGCACAUCCUCUUCCGGUUUGACUGCGCCGAGCCAGCAUACGAUGACAGUCUCCCGACGUAA